AUGGAAAAGUAUGCAGUAAGUAAUCUCAUCGGUGAGGGUUCAUUCGGAAAAGUUUAUAAGGCAGUGGACAAAACGACAAAGGUGACUGUGGCGCUGAAAAUCAUUAACAAGAGAGGACGUUCCGGACGAGAGCUUAAGGGGCUGCGAGGAGAGUGUGAAAUUCAACGCAACAUCCAACAUCCAAAUAUCAUCCGCAUGCUGGAUUCUCAUGAAACUCCCAAUGAAAUCAUAGUGGUCACCGAAUAUGCGAAGAUGGACUUACAUAAACUACUUCGAGACGGUUCGCUGAGCGAAACGAAAACUCAAAAGAUCACUUUCGAUCUCGUAUCCGCCCUUUACUAUUUACAUUCGCAUCGUAUCUUACACCGGGAUCUAAAACCACAAAACAUACUUCUGGAUAGAAAUAUGUGCGCGAAAUUGUGUGAUUUUGGGUUUGCUAGAAACAUGACAAUGGGCACGCAUGUCCUCACAUCGAUUAAAGGAACUCCGUUGUAUAUGGCACCAGAGUUACUGGAAGCAAAACCGUACGAUCAUCACGCAGACCUUUGGUCGUUGGGCUGCAUUAUUUAUGAAAUGCUAGCUGGCGAACCUCCUUUCAGCUCAACAUCCAUGAUACAUCUCGUUCGGCUGAUUCGCAAUCAGUACAUCAAGUGGCCCAGUUACUUGACGAGUAACUGUAUUUCUUUCGUGCAAGGUUUGCUAGAACGAGAUCCGUCACAGCGCAUGAGUUGGACGAACAUUCUUUCGCACAGUUUUGUGCAAGGCAACAUUAUAAUAAUCGAUGAAAAUUACCCACAAUCGCCAUUUACAAGUACAUUGAUGAUCUCACAAUCUCGAGCAAAAGUGAAUCAAUCGCAACAUCUAUUGCAUCCAUCAGGCCGCCCCAAGGAAGUUGAUAAACCUAACAAUGAGGAGUUGACUACAUCAAAAGAUAGUAUCAACGUUAUUUUGCAAAGUGACGUAGAAUAUCAAGAAACAGACAACGACGAUUGCGCUGGCGAUGGGUUAGCGGAAAGCGGACCAAGAAAUGUUAGAGAACAAAUAUUUAGCGAAGGAUGUGAACAACAGUUAUUCCCAAAUGUCCGCAGUUAUGAUUUGUCAACACAUUUGACGAACAACACAAAUCUGUGUGUAAACUAUUUCAACGAUAACUUUCCUCUUAUACCUCUACAUCAUGCUAAUGAUAGUCAACGGAAUAUAUUUUCUUUGGUGCAGCCCGGAUUUAGGGAAAAUGUUUUCCCGAACGAAUACCAAUCGCAAGAGUUAGAACGAUGCAAGUUGAGCCAAAGCAUUGAUAAUUUUUCAAUACGAAUUGGUUCGGAGAAACAACUUGGCCAACUUCAGCCUUCUACUUCUCAACAGCUUCUCCCUUCUACUAUUGGUCACGUCUUCCCGCAGAAAAAUAAUGAAAAAAUUACACCAACCCUUUUUCCGGGCUGGGAUGCUUGCGACGAAUCUCAAAACCCGCCCAUCGAAAAUGAAGAAUGGCUAGUCUUUUUGCAACGUUCUAUGCAAGAUAUUCUUGAUGGGGAGCUUGACUCCUUAAAGCAACGCAACUUCGUUUGCAUCAUUGUGGCACCACUUCGGAACUGUCGAACCAACUCGAAAGUAAUUGAAAACGUAGCGCACUUGCUCAGUCUCCCGCUGGCGAUCGACAUACCGCCAACAAUAAAACGGGAUAUAAUUAAUGUGUAUGGCGAACUGAAGCUGGUUCCGAAUCUGGUAUACGCAUCGAAACUGCUGUGUAAUAAGCCCUCUAGUACUGAGCUGACUGACUACAAUGAAUCAGAAACUCCAAUGUCCACUAGCCCCAUUCGACAACUAGCAGCACUAGACAACGAUGAGGUGAAAACGCUGACGGCACUUUAUGAUCUAAUAUGUUAUCUCAUUCACACGGGUGACGUAUUUAUGAAUCAAUUCUGUGACGCAAUCGAAAUUCUUGGAGCCAAGAAACUAUUCGUUAGUUUCUUCAGCAUCGUUCACAAGAAUAGCAGUUACGUACGAUUGGUUUGCUCACUGCUUGCUUUACUAAACUGUGCAAUGCGUGAACUGCCAGAGAACGCCGAAAUCAUUGAACAAAUAAUUUUUGAUGAAAACAUCGACCUACCCGCAUUGCUGAAGCACGAAGACCCAAUUUUAAGACUGCGAUCCUGUAUGUUGUUGCGUAUAUUGGCUAGGUUUAGUUGUUUGGCUUUCCAGAAACGUUGGUCUAAUGAGCUCAAGGAGUGCCUUGAGUCGUUAUGCUCAGACGAAAACUUAGAUGUUCAAAGGGAAGCUAAAUUCGGCAUCAAAGAAUUAAAAUACUUGUCAUUUGUUGCAGCGGAGCUUCGGUGAUUGGUUCAAUGGUGUUUCACACAUCUUAAAUGUUAAAAUAAAAUAUACAUGUUAAAU